GCGGACGAAAUCAGCUGCCAAAGCAUUGUGUCAACAUUGUAAACACACAGAAACAAUAACGACGGUUCCAAAAGGACCGUGGCGGUACUGUCCGUAAAAUCCGAAACAACGGAUAGAGCAUGGGCGAAUCGAAUGGCGAAAUGGAGAUCGAGGUGCUGGAGAAUGACAUACGAACAUUGCGAAAGCUGCUACGCGAGAAGGUUCAGCAGCUGAAGACCUUGAAAAAACAUUUUCAGAAAAAUUGUAUCACCAAGUUGAACAAUGACGAGAUCGCAAGAUAUAGUCGUCAGAUCAUUCUAUCGGAUAUUGGCGUACAAGGACAGCUGAAGCUAAAGAAAGCAUCGGUUUUGGUGGUCGGUGCCGGCGGGCUUGGAUGUCCUUCGGCGCUCUAUCUGGCCGGAGCCGGGAUAGGACGCAUCGGAGUACUGGAUUACGAUGAGGUGGAACUAACUAAUCUCCAUCGCCAGCUGCUCCACACGGAGGCCACAAUCGGCCUAACGAAGGUGGAUUCGGUACAGGCCCAGCUGGAACAAUUGAACUCUCAGAUAGAAAUUCAAACCCAUCACACCCAGCUGACGAGCGACAACGCCAUCGUCAUUCUCGAGCAGUACGAUGUGAUUGUCGAUCGCAUUCCUAUCGUCUAUCGACCAGAGUACGGGGUGCGGUUCUGUGGGUUACAGAAGCUGCAUCCCUUCGAUGCAGCCAAAGGAGGUAACAUUUAUCGAUUGCUGAAGGGGAAUGGACUCGUCCAAAACGAUGACGAUAUUUACGCUCCGAACGAAAUUACUCUUGAGGAACUGCUGGACGUGCACACGAAACGUUACAUUGAAAGCUUGAAGUGGAGCCUAAAUGUGGCUAAAAUAGCGGAAAUCCCACCGUUGAUAUUUGUACCGAAUUGUUUCGUGCAGCGUAGUUAUCUUCGGCCUAUGCGCUACCAAACCGCCGGGUCAAUACUGGCAGCUCGUGCCGCUCUCGAGUCUGGUCUUGGAUGGGCAAUAAAUUUAGGUGGCGGUUUUCAUCACUGCAGCGCCGAUCGUGGAGGAGGCUUCUGUCCAUACGCGGACAUCACUCUAACCGUACGGAUGCUGCAGGGGAGCGGCAAAGGAGUCGAGCGCAUACUGAUAGUAGACCUGGAUGCCCAUCAGGGCAAUGGUUACGAGCGAGACCUAAUGGACGAUGCGGGUGUGUUUAUUAUGGACAUGUACAACUAUCACAUCUAUCCGCGCGAUCACCCGGCCAAGCUGGCCAUCCGACGUGCGGUUGAGCUGAAACCACACACGGACGAUGAAGAGUAUCUAAGGAAGUUGCGAAAAUGUUUGCAGCAAUCGCUUGCGGAAUUUGAGCCAAACUUUAUCAUCUACAAUGCGGGCACCGACGUGCUGAAAGGUGAUCCCCUAGGGCUGCUGGACAUUACGCCGGAAGGUGUGAUAGAACGAGAUGAGAUUGUUUUCCGGGCGGCUAUGGAGCGGUCCAUCCCUUUGGUAAUGCUGCUGAGUGGUGGUUAUUUACGUAGCUCGGCACGUGUCAUUGCAAAUUCUAUCAUCAAUUUACGCGAUAAAGCUUUGCUCCCAACGGUGCAAUAAUACUUACCGGAACCCGGGCUUCAAAUCGCUUUCGAGAAAAAAAACCUAUAUGUGAUGCUAUAUGUACUUAAAAAUGUUCCAAUUCAAAGGUGCUCCUUAGUGUUAAAAUGUCAAGAUCUAUUUUAAUCAGACGUAUGUGUAUGUACACUCAAUGAUAUGCUCGUAUGCCAUAGUUAAUCAAUUUGUAAUGCUAAAAUAAAAACAAACUUACACAACU